GACGAGGGGAUGCGGUACAGACUAGACUGUAACACCUUUACUCCUAUACACGUUUUGUAGUCAGACAGAUGCAAAUGUCACUCAGGAAAACAAUUUUCUUUUCUGUGAGCCUUGUUAUAGAUAAGUUUAGCACGUGGGCUGCACAUCUUCUCAGCUCUUGGCGUGACCUACUCUAACACUCAAGCUGGCGGGUAGCGUUCUAUCACUUGGAGACUGCACUUCAGUCGAGACGCGGACAAGUAAAUGCACAGUACACCUGGAUGAUAUAUCCUGAAGAGAGUGCACCUACAUGACCAGUUCCAGGAAGACGUAGACAUAUGAUAUCAUGAUUUCCUGUGUUUUCGUCAUCGUGGUGUGUGCAGUCAGUCACGUGAUAGGACAAGACAACAUGUCCUGUGAGGCACUGAUGGAUACUACUAACGUGACCCACGGGUCUCUGACCACCAUCAUGGCCAAACACGAGGCCGCACUGUUGCUGUUGCUUGGCUUCGGGGGAUUCUCCAUCCUCCUGGCUCUCCUCUACAACGCCAUCAGAAAGUAUGUCUUUCACGACGCCGACAACCUCGACACGACGUUCGACGCUGGUGGGAAAGUCAGCAUGAGUUUGACGGCCGUCACUGUAGCCUCGCAGCUUCUGUGGCCUGGUGACUUAUUACAGAGCACCACUGUAGCCAUCAAGAAUGGUAUUGCUGGCACCUUCUGGUAUUCCGUGGGUGCGGUCACCAACAUGAUCCUGUUUCCCGUGCUCUCUGUCCAUUUCAAGACAAGGGCUCCAGGAGCGAAAACAUUCCUUCAGAUUAUCAACGCUCGGUUCGGGAAGCGAGCCCACAUUGUGUAUUGCUUCUUCGCACUACUGACAAACUUCGUGGUGAUGGUGUGCCUAAUGGUGGCUGGCAUCGCCACCUUUCAGUCCAUGAUAAAUAAUGCCUCUCCGGAAUUCUGCGUCCUUCUCAUGGCAACCCUCUUUGGUAGCUACUCCUUCGUCGGGGGCCUUGGGACGACCUUCUACGUCUCCUACUUCAACGCUGUGCUCAUCUUCAUCAUCCUUGUAUUCUUCAUCAUCAACAUAUUCUACCUUGAGAAUGCUGGCGACACGAGACUUCUUGGUAGCAUGGAGGCCAUAUUUAAACAGGUCUCCUGUCAGGAAGGACCUGCUGGCAACGAGGGCCGCAGUUACCUAACGUUCUGGUCAGAAGGAGCUAUCAUAUGGGGUAUCCAAGGCGUGUUCGCUACGUCAUCCUUGACCUUUUGUGACCAGGCGUCUUGGCAAAGUCGUAUUGCUGCCAAGCCAGUGCAAGGCGUGUUGGGGUUCUUCGCCGCAACGUACAUCUGGUUCGCCAUCCCUUCUUCUAUUGGAACAAGCACUGGUCUCGCCUACCUCGCUCUCAGCUCCUCAAACUCAUCAUUCGCCCUACCCUCCUCCGUCAUUGAUGCAGGUCUGGUGACGCCGUUUAUCGCACAGCAAGCCCUGGGUUAUGGCGGCGGAGUCAUGGUGUUAACGAUGCUGACGAUGGCCUUAAUGUCGACGGGGUCGGGCGAGGUGAUGGCGGUGUCGUCGAUCAUCGUUUAUGACAUCUAUCAGACCCACAUCAACCCCUACAGAAAGGGACACACAAGAAACACGUGUCUUUUGUGUGGCAAAAUGAAACCCUUACCAAAUAAUGCCACCAGUGAAAAGGACGAGCUGCAACCGUAUUGCGAAUGCACCCCAGCCGUGGACUGUCGUGACUGUGCACGUGACCAGAAGAACAAUAUUGAGAAGAAGAACCUAGGAGGUCAAAGGUUGUUCCUGUGUGAUCAGCAUGGUCAGUUCCGGAAGUACCAGGAGUCUCUGGUCCAGUUCAAGAGCUGGUGCAUCUUGUGGGUAACGCUUGCCAUCAUUCCCCUGGGGCUGCUGGUGAACGUCGCGGGGUUCGAUCUGAACUGGGUCAUGAUGGUGGGGUUCAUUAUCACCACGCCCUGUUUCCCGGGGUCCGUGCUGAGCAUCGUGUGGCUGAAGACGUCGGCCGUAGGAGCCACUGCAGGUGCCCUUUCCGGUUUGGUUGGAGGUCUCACAGCGCUCUUCUCAGUCGCAUCCACCUUCGACGGCGGCCUCAGCAACUUCCUCGUCAACACGUCUCAAAACUACUCCGUCGUGGCAGGAUCUAGCGCCAGCUUUGUCGUGUCACUUCUCGUCACCAUUGUAGUAUCUCUCAUAACACACGAGAUCUCGGACGAGACGGCCGAGAUGACAGAGUGGCAGAAAUUACGCGACAUAGAUAAUCCUCUAAAUCCUUGGGGAGAACAUUUUAAGGAGGAUUUCCCAUCACUCAAAGGAGCAAGACCUUCGGUUAAACAACUAGACUCUGUUUUCAGGAACGCCAAAUUGACGGCCUAUGUCGGAGGAGCUGUGAGUUUGACACUAUUCAUUGUUAUCCUGCCAAGUGUCAUGUCGGCGCUUCACGUUCUGACGUCAUCACAGUUCCGCGCUUACUUAAUGACUCUGCAGAUUUGGUGUUUCCUCAUGGCUGCGGUUGUAGUUAUAGUCGCUCCCAUGGAAGAAGUGAUAUUGGUUGUUAAACACAUACGCGGCAGGAAGGCAGCUGAAAAUAAAUCUUUAUUAAACGGCGGCAACAGAAAACCCGAUGCUGAAGAACUAAGGGAGACAACCCUCCUCUGAUAAUAUGGAUAUUGUAAAGCAUAUUGAUAGGUAGUAUCGUUAUCUGUUUUAUGCAUCAUUCAAUAUAUAUUGUUAUGACUGUCUAUAGUCAAUUGUUGCUUGACAAUGCACAAUCACAUUUUGUGUAAUAUGUAAGUGAGUCAUUUUUUUAGUUUUAGGACUUAGUUUUGACGAUGAUAGCUUCAUUGUAUACUACUCAACGUUUGUUAGAGAUGACCAUUAUAAUUGAGAAGCAACUCAUCACUGGUAUGAUCCUGUGAUGGCGGUCGGAGUAUUUCCUGUGGAUGAUUGGCCAAUGACAUAUCAUUGCAUGUGCUGCGAAGAAGAAGAGGAGACAAUUGAAAGAGACAGUUUCAAAUAAGUGAUUAAACAAUCAAUUUCAUAUUUCAAUAGAAGUGUGACUUUUUACACAAUAAAAUACAUGUUGUCAUUUCAAAA